UUGUGUGUGUGUGUGCGUUUUGUGUUCGUAUUUGUCUGAUUGUGUGCUUGUUGUUGUGUUGUGAAAAAUAAGAAGGAAAAAUGCGAAUGUCCUGAAAAAGUCCUAGAUAACCGCAAACACACACAGAGAAGCAAUAAUCACAACAAAGACGGGCGCGUUUCCAUGUCGCCGUGUGUGGUGGUGGGCCUUUGAUGCAGCCAUCCAUCAACGGAUCAGGCCAGGAUCUGGACUAGCGGUGCCAUGCUACCCAUCAGCGAGGAGCAGCAGCUGCAGCAACACCAGCAUCAGCAGCAACUCCAGGCGGAACUGGAGGAUGCCGAGCCGCAGGUGGGCGAUGGCAGCCUAUGGACUGCCCUGUACGACUACGAGGCACAGGGCGAGGAUGAGCUGACUCUGCGCCGGGGCCAGAUCGUUGUUGUGCUAUCCACGGACAGCGAGGUCUCCGGCGAUGUUGGCUGGUGGACGGGCAAGAUCGGAGACAAGGUUGGUGUCUUUCCCAGGGACUUUGUUACGGAUGCCGAUCCCCUGCAGCUCAAUGUUCCCUCCGCCAUUGGCGAUAUCCAGCCGCAUGAGAUCGAGUACGAGGAACUGGACAUCAAGGAGGUUAUCGGCUCGGGUGGCUUUUGCAAGGUGCAUCGCGGCUUCUAUGACGGCGAGGAGGUGGCCAUCAAGAUUGCCCAUCAAACGGGCGAGGAUGAUAUGCAGCGGAUGCGCGACAAUGUGCUCCAGGAGGCAAAGCUCUUCUGGGCGCUCAAGCAUGAGAAUAUAGCCGCUUUGCGCGGCGUCUGUCUCAAGACGAAGCUUUGCCUGGUCAUGGAGUAUGCCCGGGGUGGCAGUCUCAAUCGGAUUCUGGCCGGAAAGAUACCGCCCGAUGUGCUGGUCAACUGGGCCAUCCAGAUAGCCAGGGGCAUGAAUUAUCUGCACAAUGAGGCGCCUAUGUCGAUUAUACAUCGCGACCUCAAGUCUUCAAAUGUUUUGAUAUACGAGGCCAUCGAGGGCAAUCAUUUGCAGCAGAAGACGCUCAAGAUCACGGACUUUGGCCUGGCCAGGGAGAUGUACAAUACGCAGCGGAUGAGCGCUGCCGGCACAUAUGCCUGGAUGCCGCCCGAGGUGAUAAGCGUUAGCACCUACUCCAAAUCCUCGGAUGUUUGGAGCUAUGGAGUGCUGCUUUGGGAGCUGAUAACGGGCGAGACGCCCUACAAGGGCUUCGAUCCGCUGUCCGUGGCCUAUGGCGUGGCUGUCAACACGCUGACCUUGCCCAUACCAAAAACAUGCCCCGAAACCUGGGGAGCCCUCAUGAAAAGCUGCUGGCAGACAGAUCCACACAAGCGACCUGGUUUCAAGGAGAUACUCAAGCAGCUGGAGAGCAUUGCCCGCUCCAAGUUUACCCUAACGCCGCAAGAGUCCUUCCACUAUAUGCAAGAGUGCUGGAAAAAGGAGAUCGCCGAGGUGCUGCAUGAUUUGCGCGAAAAAGAAAAGGAACUGCGCAACAAGGAGGAGCAGCUGCUGCGCGUGCAGAACGAGCAGCGCGAAAAGGCUACCCUCCUUAAGAUCCAGGAACAGCAUUUGCGGGAACGCGAAAUGGUGCUUAUUGAACGGGAGCUGGUCAUGAUGCAGCCGGUGCCAACAAAACGCCGGCCCAAAAAGGGCAAAAAGUACAAACCGCUGCAGAUAUCACUGCCGACGGGAUUCCGGCACACCAUAACGGCUGUACGCGACAAGGCGGAGCAGCCGGGUUCACCCUCAUUCUCUGGCUUACGCAUCGUGGCACGAACAGGAGGAAGUAGCAACAAGAUGGAUGACUGGCGACCGGGAGCCACCAAUAUGCCAAUCAUGUCGCCAUCGCCUUACCUACUCAGCCGCUUUACCAGCAAUGUGCCCCUGCCGACGCUCUACGCGGGUGAUGCAGCCCGCAAGCCGAAGCUCUCGGUGAUCGAGCUGCUGCUGUACAACAUGGCCUCCCUGCUGGCGGGCGUGGCAGCUGGCUAUGAUGUCCGGAUGUCGAAUGUAUCGCCCGUGCAUCCCACUCUCCUCAGCGAGGUGCCCGCUCUGAAGGCGGCUCCCAAGGCGGCGGCAGCAAUACAAGCAGCAGCAGCAGCAGCAUCAGCUGGGGAUGCACAGGCGGCAGAGGAGGAACCAAAGCAUAGGAUGCAAGAGCAGACUUUGGAAUUGCUGGAGGUGGAUGCACAAUUGCUACAGGAUAACAGGGAGAGCACGCCCCGAAAGCUGGCCAGCCAGGCGAGAUUUGGUGGCAUCGAAACAGCAGUGGUUAGCAAGUCACAGCCCACAUCCCUGGCCCGUCGCAUCGGUGGCAGUCAGCCUUACUACACGCCCGUGCAGCGGACGCCGCAGCAUCAAAUGCACCAACAGCAGCAGCAGGAGAAGCAGCUUCAGCUGCAGCUCCAACACACGCAACAUCAGCAGCAGCAGCAGCAGCAGCAGCAGCAGCAGCCGCUUCAAUCUGCCCUGGCGGAGGCCACUGGACUGGGCGGCAUCUAUGCCGGAACUCAGCCACCCACACCAUCGCCCCGCCGCAAGCUGAGCAAUAGCAACAAUUUCGGUAGCUCCAACACCUCGAACAAUCCACCUCAGCAGGCGGAUGUCUUUGAGGAGUUCCGGGUGGGCGGUGGCAUUGGUCCGCCGCCAUUGUACGCGCCAGCGGAUUACCUAAGAAACGGACCGAGUUACUCAAACGAUGGUGGUAACUACAGGAAUGGUUACUUUGGCUCCAACUACUUCCCCUACCGGCCGGAGCUGAACUACAGCUACGAGCGUGACUGCAAGUCGUAUCCGGAUUACUCCUACGACUACAAUCAUCGGCUUCCGGACUAUUAUGACUAUCAGUACGAGGCGCCAGUGGUACCUUUGCCCGUGCCUGCGCCGCCCUCAACCUGCCCGGGUUCUCUGCCCGUUCAAGCCCAGACCCGGACACCACCGCCACGUGUCCCUCAGAUGGGUGUAAGCGCUGCCGGGCACCGGCGUACCCCCUCGACAGUGUCCAACAACUCGAAUGUGCUGCUGGAGCACGAGGAGUUGCUCUGCUAUGACUACAACAACCUCAACCUGAAUGCGGACUACGAGAGGGGGGAGCGGGGGGAACAGGUCCCAAUGCCCACGAAACAGGAAUUGUAUGCGGGCUCGCCCAAGCUGCUGAAUCGCCUAAUUCACAGUCCCCUGCCGAUGACCAAGAGCAAGUACGCCACGGCGGCGGUGACGAGGCCAGCUAGCCUGCCCUUUGAGCAGCAUGCCCUGCAGCUGGGCGGCGGUGGGUACCAACAGCAACAACAACAACAGCAGCAGCAGCAGCCGGUAGGCGGCUCCAUGGUUUCCUCAUUGCCACCGCCACUUGCCGUCGUCAGCUCGGGCCAAUCCAAGUUGCGCAGCUCCCUAAAGAAGUACAAUGGCGCUGGGAAUGGGUCCACCUCGUCGCAGCAGGGUACACCCACUAAUCCCACGCCACCGGAUUCGUUGACCAGCGAUGAUAGCUCCUAUUUGAGUGCCAAAGAGGGUUCCAUUGGUUCCCAGCACAGUCGCGUGCGCUUCAGCCCGGAGGCCUAUCUGGAUGCCAAUCUGUUGCCCUGUUUGGGUCGCCGGAUGACAGCACCGACCAUGCAACUGCCGCAGCAGCACAAUCAGCAGCAGCAACGAAGGCAGCGGCAGGCCUCCAGUGGCAGCACACCAUCGCCAUCGGCCUCUUCCUCCUAGCAGGCGCGUCUGGCGCUGACCCUGCAGUUGGCGCGAAGUCCGGGAGCGGACGUUGGCAGCGGCGGUGGGCAGCUGGGAGCAGCUGUGGGUCUAACGCUGCACCAGCAGCGUGUACCCUAUCGCUGGUACUCGGGAGCACGACGAUCCCGCUCGGCCCACUAUGAGUACCGAUUGUGAGGGAGCAGCAGCGGCAGCAGCAGCAGCAGGGAGAGAGCAAGUGAAAGCGAAAGAGAGCGAGAUGGCAAAGAAGAAUCUGCUUGAAGCUUGAAGAGAAAUUGCUAGAGAGCUAAGUUUCCCUCUAAAUAUAAGAGGCUGAAGCUUCUCCCAAAGAGAAUCCAAACCAAACGCAGCAAGAAUCGAAACAUAAAGCUGGGCGGCAACUGAGAAACAGAGAAACCCAAGAGCAUUGGGUAUACAUUUUGAGCGCAGGAUCAACAAGGAGCACGCGUUUUACCUCAACAAAUCCAGCAAAAAGGAAUUCCAGUUACAGUUUACAUACAUAUAUAUAAAUAUAUAUAUAUAUUGGAUAUAUAUUGGAUAUAUAUUGAAUCUUGUAGGAUAUGAAGCGAAAUCAAAGCGAGCAUAAGGCCUGUACAUAAGAGAGUAGUCA